CUGUGUGUUUCAGAUUAUGUCCGCAACAACUGCUGGAAGGUUAAGAAAUCGAAUGCCCCUGUAACAACAAAGAAAGCAAAUGAUCUGCUGCCAUGCCACCGUGGGUGAUAUGUCGUCUUCCAGUGAAAGCAGUGCGACCACUGCUCUUUCUUGUGCUAUUAGCGACUGGCUGGGGCCUUAACUCUAAGCCUGCUUUUGUUGUACAAGGAACCGACUCACUAUCUAUCUUUUAUCCCACCUUUAUUUGGAACGACACCGAAUUUGAGCACUUGGCCUUGCAUCCUCACCCCAAUGUGGGUCGAGUUUACGUCGGAGCUCGUGACAACUUGUUUCAGUUGGACAAGUUUCUGCAGCUCGAACUCCAGGAUCACACUGGACCAGUCAAAGACAGCAGAGAGUGCUUGCCUCCUGUCACAGAGAGUAACUGCCCUCAAGCAAGGCUCACCAGCAACCACAACAAGCUCUUGCUGAUUAACCCAUACUCAAUGGAACUCAUUACUUGUGGCAGUGUCAACCAAGGUAUCUGCCAAAAACGAAGUCUUGAUUCUGUCGACAAGGUGCUGUUCUCCACUGAGACGCCAGUGGAUACCCAAUACGUGGCGGCUAAUCACCCCAACGUUAGUACUGUUGGCCUCAUCGUUCAAUCUCAUCCGCACAGGCAGCCGGUUCUUUUUGUAGGGCGAGGCUACACAAGCAGCCACCCGCCCAUCGCCACACGAAACCUGGACCAGGAACCCAUAUUUUCUUAUGAGGAAACUGCAAAGUUGGCUGUGGCUGGUCGCCUCUCUGAAUAUGACCAUCAUUUUGUCUCAUCCUUCGCCCACCAUCAUCAUGUGUACUUCCUCUUCUACAGGCGAGACCUUAAGUCAAAAUCACGCGAAUACCGCACCUACAUCUCUCGUGUUUGUUUGGACGAUCAAGCCUAUUAUUCGUAUGUGGAGGUGCCCUUGACGUGUCGUUCCCGGGCAGGAAAAAAUUACAAUCUCCUUCAAGCGGUCCAGCUGGCAUUCUCCAAAGAUGUCACUGUGAGUCAAGGGUCUGAGAUUGUUCUUGGUGUUUUUUCCACUCGGCUGGCUUCAUCAAAUCGACCCAGUGAAGACUCUGCCCUGUGCAUGUUUAACCUGGAAGAUGUGGACCGCAGGAUUAACUCCACCAGAGACCUGUGUUACACAAAGAUGGGCAGAGAGUCUGGAAUGGAGGCAGCCUACAUUGAAUACGAAGUCAAAUCCAAAUGUGUCAACCUGCUAGAGAACACGCUCGAAAGGUACCCUUGCGGCUCUGAUCACACACCCAGUCCCAUGGGUAGUCGGAUUGCUGUGGAAGCUGAAACCAUUUUGGAUAGCCCCUCCGCUCGACUGACAGCUGUAGCAGUGAGCAUGAGGGCGGCACAUACGAUUGCAUUCUUGGGAGACUCUAAAGGGAACCUGCACAAGGUGUUCCUGGGACCAAACGGUGAGGUGGAGGAAUACGCCAUAAGCUCCAUUCAUCACAACACAGCCAUCAGUUCAGACCUUGUCUUGGAUGAAGAGGAGCAGCAUCUCUUCAUCAUGACCCAUAACAUGCUGCAAAAGAGACCAGUAGCUGAAUGCAAGCAGCACCCUGACUGUCACUCCUGCCUGCAGGCCCAUGAUCCCUACUGUGGCUGGUGUGUCCUAGAGGGAAGAUGUGUUUUGCAGUCAGAGUGUCGGCGCGGGAAAGACCACGGCCAGUGGCUUUGGAGCUUUGACAUGGAACAGCAGUGUCUGGCUAUCCAAGAACUCAACCCAUCAAACAUCAGCAGGGAAGAAACCAGGACAGUCUCUUUGUCAGUUCCAGGGCUUCCAGUGUUAGAAAAGGCUGAGUCCUAUUCCUGUUUCUUCCAAGAGAUCCACAUCCCUGCCACAGUUACUGGAAGUGUGGUCACCUGUCGCUCUCCACGCACCAGCCAAGUGCCUAUGGUACCUGCUGGACAGGAUUUUGUCACAGUCCUCUUGUCUCUUCGUUUUGGCAAUGUCACCGUUGCAGAGAGGGAUUUCACCUUUUAUGACUGCAUGGCUGUUAAGCAGCUUUCCGGGAGUAUGCUUUGUCGUGGCUGUGUUCUGAGCCGGUGGGGUUGUAAUUGGUGUGUUCACCAGCACACAUGUACCCACAACCCCACCUGUAAGGAGGGCGUAAUCAUCUAUAAUCAGCAUUUUACACUGCCCACCUCAGCUCCUGCCACUACCAAAACCCUAAAAGUUUUCACAACUCCCACGCCCACCACCACCACGUUGGCCACUGCCACUGUGACACCCAUCACAGUCAUUACGACAACAGCAGCAACAACUCUUGCCACAACUUUUAUGGCUCCUGUUGCUGCACUGACCACUCAGGCGCCGACCUCCCCACUAGCAACUAUCACCUCAUACCCCAUUGUCCCUCAGAUGAUGACCACAGGCACCACACAUCAGCCUUCGAGUCCCAUGGCAAGCACCAAACCCGUGCUGAUCACAUUUCCACCCCGAGACACAACUACCCGAGAGGAAGAAGCUCUAGAUGCAGAUGGGAUGAUGUCCAUCACACAUACAGACUUGGAGAGUGCUGAUGUUACGCCAAGUGCAGAAUUAUUGCCAGUGACUGUUAAUGAGGAUCUAACGCCCAUAAUGCCUCUGGUCAUCCCACCUCCUGACUCUGAUGUCUUGGAGGUGAUGACAGAGUCGACCCACACUGACACCCAGGAACUUGGCAGGACACUAAGAUGGGUGGAACCACUCACCCCAACAUCAUCUGGUUACCCGCUGCCUACGCCCUUUCCAUUGGGCGAACCGACCAACUCUGAAUCUUCUGUCUCACUGGAUCUGACCACAGUACCACCCCAAGACUCUCAAACUCAGUCUCAAAGCAGGGACAGCAAUCCUGAUGUGCUCCGGCCGAAGGAGGAAGAUGGCAUCCCCGCUGAUGGGACUGUCCUUGCAGAAAACGACACUGCAACUUUUUCAGCUGCCACCGUGCUUUCAGGUGAUGGUGAAGUUGAGAAUGCGUCCCCACUUUAUCCCCACUUGGUGGAUUCUGAACUGGACUACCAAUAUGAUCCUGCUGACAGCUUCCUCCCGGGGGAUGAGGGAUCCUAUGUCAGCUGGGGUUCUUCAGCUUGCCCUUGUGUGGAGAAGGUCCAGGGUUCAUCGUUGCUCCCUGUCAGAGUGGAGAGGAAAAUCACUCUACUUGCCCGCAACCUACAUCUAUAUCAGGAUACAGAGAUGGACUAUCAGUGUGUGUUGAUCAUUGAAGGGCAAACUGUGGUGGUGGAUGCCUAUGUGGAGACUGAUGACAUGAAUCCAUUCAAAUUUGACAUCACCUGUCAACUCCACCAGUACACAUAUUCUGCUCCUGUGGAGGAAUAUCAAGCUUUGGUGUAUGUGAAGAGGAGGGACACAUUUCACGUUGACAGCUCUCCUGAUCUCUAUGUGACUCUGUACAACUGUUCGGUGGGCCGCACUGACUGCAGUCGCUGCCACACAGCAGACCACAAGUAUGGUUGUGUGUGGUGUGGAGAUGCACAGGCCAGGUGUUUAUAUUCUGGUUUAUGUAUUGAACCUGUGCAGCAGAUAUGCCCUGCUCCAGUCAUUCAUUCUAUUGAGCCACUUUCCGGCUUGCUUGAAGGUGGCACUCUGGUGACCAUAACAGGCUCCAACCUGGGCCAAAAAGCAGAAGACAUCCUCAAUUCUGUGUCAGUGGCUGGUGUGCCCUGCGUAGUCGUAACUAGUCUCUAUGAAGUCUCCUCCAGGAUUGUUUGCAGAACCAAAGCUAGUAAAGGAGAGAAGUUGGGACAUGUGUCUGUUGAAGUGAGCGGUGGAGAGUUUGGCGUGUCCAAACAAAUGUUCAGCUUUCAGGAUCCAUUUGUGAUGGGAGUGUUGCCUGAAAGAGGUCCGAAAGCUGGUGGAACAACUCUGACAAUCAUUGGCCGAAACCUUUUGACAGGCCGUCCUUCUAACCUCGACGUCACCGUGGGUGGAGUGCCCUGUGACAUGGUGUCAGAGGUUCAAAGCUCCAGUCUUCAAUGUGUGACAGGUAGCAGCAACAAGACUGGAAAUCAUCAGGUCACUUUACAUUAUGGCCGCAGCCUACGCCACCUUCACGGCUCAUCUUACUACUACACUCACAACCCCAAUAUCACCCACUCCAAGCCAGCUAAGAGCUUCCUGAGUGGUGGUCGACUGAUCUAUGUGUGGGGCCACAACCUGGACGUAGUGCAAGAACCCCAGAUGGUUGUGACUGUGUCACCCUACGAUUCCAUCCAGAAAAAUAGGAGUAGCGGAAGGAAAAAGCGCAGAAGCAGUUCUACCAAAAUGGUUCCUGGCCCAGUUUGUCCUGGAGAUCUGCUGUGCUCUGUCAAACAGUAUGCAGAACAUUGUGAGGUAAAUUCCUCUUCCCUGAUCCUGUGCCGAUCCCCUAUGGUGGACUCGUCGGUUUGGGGGUCUAAGGUCACUGUGGAGUUUCUUCUCGACAACCUGCGCUUUGACGUCAACACUGUGAACCCACAAGCCUUCAUCUAUGAGCCCAACCCUGUCCUGCACCCGCUAAAUCAGCAGGACCCUCUGAAGGCAUAUCGCUACAAUCCUGGCAGCUUCAUCCAGCUCGAGGGAGAAAAUCUCGACCUCGCCAUCAGCAAGGAAGAGGUGGUUGUGUUAAUCGGGGAAGGCGUGUGUGCUGUCAAGACACUUACUCGAAACCAUCUGUAUUGUGAACCGCCACCUCAUCAGCCUGCAUCCGGAACUAAUGGCAAGAAACGUGAGGGUUCGGACAACCUGCCCGAAUUCACCGUCCAUAUAGGAAAUUUAAACUUCUCCCUGGGUAAAGUUCAGUAUGAUGAUCUCAGCCUGGCCACCUUUCCCCUGGAAGCUCAGAUUGGAGUCGGAGUCGGAGCAUCCAUUGUGGCACUCAUUGUCCUUAUCAUCGUACUUGUUUACAGGAGAAAGAGCAAGCAGGCUUUAAGAGACUACAAAAAGGUUCAGAUUCAACUUGAAAACCUUGAAACCAGUGUGAGGGACCGUUGCAAGAAGGAGUUCACAGACUUGAUGACAGAGAUGAUGGAUAUGUCAAGUGACCUCGUUGGCUCUGGCAUCCCAUUCCUUGAUUACCGGAUGUACGCCGAACGCAUUUUCUUCCCUGGCCACCGGGAGUCACCACUGAGGCGAGACCUGGACGUUCAGGAGUGUCGCAGACAGACAGUGGAGCAGGGUCUGGUCCAACUAUCUAACCUCCUCAACAGUAAACUCUUCCUGACCAAGUUCAUUCAUACCCUGGAAAGCCAGCGGACUUUCUCUCCCCGAGACCGUGCCUAUGUUGCCUCUUUACUUACGGUAGCGCUGCACGGCAAACUGGAAUACUUCACUGAUAUCCUGAAAACCCUCUUGAACGACCUUGUGGAGCAGUACGUGGCCAAGAACCCCAAACUGAUGCUGCGGAGAACUGAGACAGUGGUGGAGAAGCUGCUGACCAACUGGAUGUCCAUCUGUCUCUAUACUUUCCUCAGAGACUCUGCAGGGGAGUGUCUUUACAUGCUUUUCAAGGCUAUAAAGCACCAGGUGGACAAAGGACCGGUUGAUGCUGUCACGGGCAAAGCCAAAUACACCCUCAAUGACAACCGCCUGUUACGAGAAGACGUGGAGUACAAGACCUUGACACUUAAUGUGCUGGUCCAGGGUGGUGCAGUGAAUGAGUGCCAGCCACUACCUUCCAAAGUGUUGGACUGUGACACCAUCACGCAGGUGAAAGAGAAGCUACUGGAACAGGUGUACAAAGGCACCUCUUUCUCUUACCGACCACAUACAGACUCAUUGGACCUGGAGUGGAGGUCUGGUGUUGCUGGUCAUCUCAUCCUGUCAGAUGAAGACUUAACAUCCGUGGUCCAAGGCAAUUGGAAACGUCUCAACACCCUGCAGCACUACAAGGUCCCAGAUGGUGCAACAGUAGCUCUGGUCCCUCGGCACACGAAACACAUUCACCAUGACAACCACGACUAUGUGGCUGGAGAGAAAACGCCGAUGUUGGAGGAUGCAGAUGAAGGCGGUGUAAGACUCUGGCAUCUGGUGAAGGCCAACGAAGAGCCCGAGCUGCCCAAACAUCGCAGGGGCAGUCUGAGGGAACGAGAGCGCGCCAAGGCCAUACCAGAGAUCUACCUGACUCGCCUGCUUUCCAUGAAGGGGACGCUGCAGAAAUUCGUAGACGAUUUGUUUACAGUUAUCCUCAGCACCAGUCGACCCGUCCCACUGGCUGUCAAAUACUUCUUUGACUUGCUGGAUGACCAAGCUGGUCAGCACAGUAUUUUUGACCCAGAGACGAUACACAUUUGGAAGACCAACAGUCUCCCACUGCGUUUCUGGAUCAACAUUGUGAAAAAUCCCCAGUUCAUAUUUGACGUGCAAGCCUCAGACCAUGUGGACGCAGUGCUUUCAGUCAUCGCUCAGACCUUCAUGGACUCCUGCACCAUUGCUGACCACAAACUGGGACGGGAUUCUCCCAUCAACAAGUUGCUGUAUGCUAGAGAUAUCCCCCGUUACAAACAGAUGGUAGAAAGAUACUAUGCUGACAUCAGGCAGACCAUCUCUGCCAGCGACCAGGAGAUGAACUCUGCUCUGGCUGAACUCUCAAGGAACUAUUCGGGAGAACUGAACUACUUGGUUGCACUGCAUGAGCUCUACAAGUACAUCAAUAAGUACUAUGACCAGAUAAUCACGGCACUGGAGGAGGACACCACAGCCCAGAAGAUGCAGCUUGGUUACAGGCUACAGCAAAUUGCUGCCGCCGUCGAGAAUAAGGUCACAGACUUGUGACAGGAAACUCCCACCAGUGCUAUGACGAACAGCGGAGUAGGAGUACAUUGCUGGUUGAACUGAAACACGCGAGCACUGAAGAUUUUUUGGACUGACUGCCUGUUUUUGAAUCAACUUCGCAAUUUUGUUUUUAAGCAGCUGAAAAUCGAGAUUGCUGAAGUUGAGCGCCUAAACCCUUUUAUAUUAUGCGUGUGUGGGACAAUGUAUUGUCAAUUUUGGGUUAUUGUAAGAAGAUGACAAUUCCCUGGACAAAUAAAGACGGGAUAUACAAUUAACAUGAUUCAGGCCUGCCGUCAUGGUCAUGUUAAUACAUUUUAUUAGCUUGUUGCUGCUGUACUGUCCCAAAAAAAGGUGUGUAUGUCUGAGAUUGCUUAAUGUGUGUGAACAGUGAUCCCUGGUUGUUUUUGCUGGUUGUCAGUCAUCCUUUACUGUUUUUUUUUUUUUUGUGUCCAACUGAUCACAGUCAUCAAUGUUGUAUGGUGGUCAAAAUAGCUGUAGAAAACCCUUUCUUUCCUCCUUAAGUCUUUUUUUUUAAUUUUUCUAAAUUAGGAACUCUUAUCACAUUUUUAAAAAUAAUUUCCUAAUGACUCAUUGCAUGCAAAUUUUCCAAGUGCUGCUUUCUACCUCAACCUGCUGUGCUAACAAGGUUUUAUUUUAGUGCACCAGCUUUGAGUGUAUUUUACGCACAGAACAGAGUGAUACAUACUCGAUAUUGUGGUUUAAAUGAACACGUUUCCAAUUUGUUUUGGUGACAGUACAAGAGAUUGGAAUGAAAUCCGGCUUGCUUGAGUGGUUUUAGUUACUUUUAACAUGAAAGUGUCGUUUUUACCCUUAUUUUGUUUCACAUGUUUUAGGCCUGCUGAUUCAAAUUGAUGUUACUCAAGUGCACAGGUCACUGGACCAAUAUUAAAAAAAACAACUACAAAUCUAGUGUAUAUAACACAUUUCAGUGAAUUUAUCUUCAGGAUUGGUGUAAACGUAAACAUUGUAGUGUCAUUUCAGGUUCUGUCAUAUUUUGUUUUACAUUCCUUCUCAUUCUAGCAGAUUAAAUCUUUCCCUUUUUUUUAACCCUGUGCUGCUGAAACUUAGGUGGAACAGGUGUACAUCAUUGUUGGUUUUAUGGGCCAUUUUGGGAUAGAAACCUUGUGUUAGAUACGUUUUAAAUUGAAGCUUAUGUGUUGACUGGGAUGCUAGUUCUGGGGUCUCGAGCUUCUAAAUCUGUUCUGCUUUUGAUUGGGGCAGAGUCAAGUCAUGAUCUUUUCGUGGUGUUUUUAUGUAAAUAACAAAGGGGUAAAAGUGAGGUAUUUUUAGGAUAAUUGAUGCUGUGCCAGUGUGGCUCUUUCCCUUCUAAAUAUUGAUGGGUGGUUCUGUAGUUAGGUGAUCUUGAUUCAUAAGGCAUUGUAGCAAUGGACUAACUGGUUGGGUAUUGGUAACACUAGAUGCACCAUCAAAUUUGCAUAAGGUUUUGUAAUAUUUAAAAAGCAUCCAGAUGCAUUUUACUGUCAAAAGUAUACUCACUGCCUAGUGUUUAAACAGAACGAAACCUUUCAACACUAACUGUCUUCUGACUGUUCCCUCGUGAAGAGCUGUACAUGCAGCCAGGUGAUUUACCGAAGCAGUUUAGUGGCUCAUAUUCUGUUCAAGAAAAAGUCCAUUUAAAUUUCGAUAAAGGAUUGGCAAUGAUGCAAAUGGACUCUCAGAGGGAGAAAUGUAACUAAGUUUGGAGAUGUAGAGCAGGCUCUGCAAGGAGCAAUUUUAAACGGUUUCUAAUUUUGUGUGUUAAUAUCAGUGUACAUAUUGUUUUCAAAUGUUACUGUAGUGAUUUAACCUGUUAAUUGAGAACAAGUGCAAAUUCAAACAGAUGAUGAAGUAAUAAAAUAUUGUUGAUUUUGGGGC